GGAGAAGAACAGUUCAGACGUGGACCAAGAAUUCCUGUAAGUGAACACCUUGGGAUGCCUUCUCAUGGGUAUGGGCCUUCAGAUCAUGGACAAUGGGGUAAUAGAGUGGGAACGACGGAUAUUGAAGGUGGUUACAGAUUGCAUUUGCCUAGGAGUGAGUUUAAAGAUGGUGAUAUUCAAAUGGGAGAUGCUGAUAUGAUUGGACCAGUUGAUGUUCCCAAUCAUAUAAGAAGAGGAGAACUGAUAGAAGGAGUUGGUUUUGAUAGCAAUGCUCUUCAACCUGGAGAUGUUGGAUUUAGGAGUAGGUAUACCUUGCAAGGAUUCCCCGGUGAUGCUGAAUCAUUUCCAGGAGACGUGGGACCUUUACCAAAUUCUAGUGAAAGGGCAACAUGGCCUAAUAAAAGGUUAAGAUUUGCACUCUCAGACGAAGGAGCACCAACAACAGUCAAUGGAUAUGGUUUUUGUGAUCAAACAGGACGCGAAGAAACUUAAAACAACCCCUGCGGAUUCUUCUCCAUUUGGCAAUCCAAACAAAAAUGAAGAAAUCAGAUUUAGAAGUUCAGGAUAGAG